UCUUGGGAGAUAGACUAGGAAGAAGUGGUUGUAGCUUUAACAAAAAGAAAGUAUGCAAGCAUGAUGUUGAUAAUAUAUACAGAGAUGUGAGUGGGACUAUAGAACAUGGGUGCGUUGAUGGCGGAUUUGAUUAUCAAACCAAAAGGUUCAACUUUUUCAUCCUUUCUCUUGCUUGGAUUGCCCCUUUAUAAUAUCUCCAUCCAAAUUGUACCUUUCUUUAUCUUAUAAACCCACUUCCUGUCUCCUUUUCUCUCUGCACCAACUUACCACAAGUCCUAGCAGGCAAAACUGAUCAUCACCAUCAACCGAGCUUGUGGUUUUUUGCAGGUUCCAGGGCAAAUGGAUGAUAGCCAGAGUAGGGUUCAUGAUCUGAAAGUGGAUGUCCCAAUGGAUCAUAAUCAUCAACAACCAUCAGCUGAUCAUCAUACAAGUUCUUCAUCCACAAAGCUUCAAGCUUCACCAAUUGGCUGCAGGCAGCCAAGUAGCAGCAGCAGUUGUAGUACCAAGAACUCAGCAGCUUGUUUGUGCUCACCAACUUCGCAUGCUGGCUCGUUCCGCUGCAGGCUUCACCGAUCCCCAUCUUCCAUUCAAAGAACCAAAAGCAUGGAUUCUUCUUCUUCUUCAAACCAACACAGUUGAACAUCAUCAAAGGUCACAAUAAAGAAAGCUUGUUGCUUUUUGGAGAGUCUGAUGACAAGGGUUCUUAAAUUUCUUCCCUGUUUGUGCUCUUGAUCAAGGGUUUUGGUCUAUUAUGUGAAUCUUUUACUUUUAUCCCUUUGUUUAUCCAGAUUUAUGAGGAGUCCUGCCAGUGUAUUGGUCAGGACCAGUGUAACUAGAUUUGAAUUGGAGUGUCCCACAUGCUAGGAAUGUAUAUAUCUGUUCCGAGUGAAUGAAUUAUGAACAAUGAG